AUGGAAACUAUUCCAAGAGCGACCACUAUCAGUGUCACCCACAGCCUACCUUUGAUGAGUAUUGUGGCACCCUACUUCGGCUAUGUGAACGAGUGAGCAGAGUUAAUGAUGCAGCUGGACAAGAAGAGCAGAGAACUCUGGCUUGGAAAUCUUAAGGCUAUAUUACAGGUUAUUAUGGAUUAUAGACAGUGAACCCUUGUCAAGGAAAUCUGUAAGAGCUUUAACAAAACUGUGGCUAAGAAGUUGUUACCAGCUAGGAAUUAUUGAUAUUUUACAAUGAAGGUGAGGCUGGGGUCAGAAGAGUCUUUCAAAGCAAUGAUUAUGUUUAUGGAUCAAAUGGGAGAGAUAACACUUAAAUACCAGUUUGAGGAAGUCUUCAUUGAAUUAGAGAAUUAUACAUCCGAGGUAUGAAAUAAAUUUUUGGAAAAGUAUAUCGAGAAAGGAUUUGACAAGAAAGCUAUUAUUUUUGAUUAUGAACCAACAAUUAAGGUGAUGAAAACUUCUCCAUCUGAGCUCAGAUAUAUCAACUUGAAAUCUUUUAACAGCAAAACAUAUCUUUAUUUGACUAAAGCCGAUAGAAUGAAGUAUUUGUCAAAUAGCCAAGAGAUUGAAAAAUUAUGCAUUCAUCAAUUAAAUUUUGACACUUCAUUACUAGACAAGAACUUUAAUUGACUUUCAAUCAGCCCUGAAAUCUUAAAUGAUUCUUUGGGUAAAUUUCUAAACUACAAGUUCACAAACAAGAGUUGUAAAACUAUAGAAUUCUACCAAGAAGGUAGAUUUCCUCGAGCCAACAUAAAGGGUGCUUUUAAAUAUCUCGAUAGAUUCUCAUAUAAACUACCAAAUCUUGAGAAGUUUCAAACAGAGGCAACAGUGUACUUUCAGUACAUUGCUUCUAGAAGCUUCUUUCAGAACAAUGAGGAGUAUCAGAAUUUAUCAAAAAUCAAAAAUUUCUCUUUCCAAUCUGAUAUGGAUGAAGACAGAGUCAAUCUAGACAUGAAGUAUCCCAAAGUAGAGAUAGUAUAUCAAUCCUCAAAGGAAUCAAGUAUCAAAGUGUUUGUGGUCUCUAAUCUAGAAGUCAAGCUCAUGUCUGAUGAAUUCUUUUAUGACCCUGAUAAUAAAAUAAUAAUUCUUCAGAGACCUCCAAGCUAUCUGAGCUUCAAGAAUAUAAAAAUAUGCACAGAUCAACUCAAGAUAGCAGAGUAUAAAAAUAUUAUUGAAGACAAAGUUUACUUGAAGUUUCCUAAAAAUGAUUUAAUAAUCCACCCUAAAGGAAAAGUCAAACAGUAUAAAAAUAAUCUGAUGUCGAGGCGUUAUGAGAAUUUGCCGAUGGUCUCAUACAAAAGCAUUAUCUCUAAAAGUAGGCCUCACUAUAUCUUCAACACUUAUGUUGAGCCUAUUAAGUCUAAUGCUUCUGGAAUUGAGAAGGAAUGCAAAGUAGACCUGGCCAACAUUAGAGAGUCUCUGUCUGAUGUCCCUUCUAAUGGAGUGGUGUCUAUCUACAUUCACACUUAUUUUGUGCAUGUUGACCACUGGGAACAAGUGGAGUACAGAAUAUCAAAUAGUAGAAAACUUAAGGAUGACAAUGGAAAAGUAGCAAAAGAAUUCACCUGAAUUGAUGCGAAUGAAGGUCUUUGCUUGCUGUUUGAUGCACUCAAAACACUCAACCUUUAUGAGUUCAGAUGUGAAAGUAUUAUUGACGAUGAUGCAGUUGUUCAGAAGUUCUGUGAAUUGUGUGAGAGCAACCUCACUAUUAGAGACAUUGAACUCAACCUGGUUCAUGCAGCACAUGCAAAACAGAUUCUGGAGGCGUUAAAAGACAACUAUGUUAUAAAGACUGUCAGACUAAUGACUGAAGAAGCCAUCAAGGCUUCUCCUCAGAAUACCAACCCUACUAAACUUAAGAAGUCAAAGAAGAAGAGUAAAGCUUUUCAGAAGUCAGAGGAUAUUAGAACCAUCCAACUCCACAACGAAAUAAUUGAGUACUGUGAUGAGUUCAGAAGCAAGAGACUGGGGACUGAAAUCAUGCUGAACACGACUCAUAAGAAGUACAAGCCUUGGGAGAAGAAGGGUUUUCAGUUGAGUUACAAACAAUAA